UAUUUUGGUCCCGUGUUAGUUUUUCCAAACAGAAAUAAAAAAGCAUCUCGGACUUUUCAAUCUGUAACCUUUCACUAUUUAAAAAUAAUUUUGUGUGUGGUGCAUCUUCUUGACUAGACACGCUAAUGAGUUUAAAUUUUUGUACCGAAAUUACAUUUAGAAGGAACAUCCUCAUCAAAACCAACAAUACGGAUUCCUAUCCUGUAAUUUAUUGUUAAACAAAAAGUUGACAGUUUUUGGAUUACUGGAUCAACACCAAAAUGUUUUCACUUCCUGAAAAGCUCAUAUCCAAAGCUUUACUUCUGCUCUUCUUGACGGAAUUCAUAUUGAGUGAAACCAUUAAUCGAACCCCAGCACGAAUACUUGCCAAACAAACUGGGGCAGCCCAAUUCGAAGAACAUAUUGAACAACACCGCGAUUGUAAUGAACAUCAUCAUCGGCUUAGAAAAAGAUCAUCUGACGAAGAUCUGGAUUAUGAAGUAUAUCAGGGCGUAGUUGGUCGACCUGGCAUUGACUUUCCCAUAUUUCCACGAAUUCCUCAAACUACAUUUAGCUGUAGAUCAUAUGGAAAUGGAUAUUUUGCAGAUUUAGAAACCACAUGUCAGGUUUUCCAUAUUUGUGAAGAGGGACGUAAAAUAUCAUUUCUCUGUCCAAAUGGAACGAUAUUUCAACAAAGUGAACUAACUUGUGAUUGGUGGUUCAAAGUUAAUUGCGCUGGUUCACCAGGAUUUUACGCCGAAAGCUCAGAAAUUCUGAGCAAAUCACGAAGACAUAGAGUGAAAGUUAAUAGCUUACAUAAGGGAUAUACAAGUAAUAAUAAGGUUGCUGAGAUUAUUCCCGAAAGUAGGCACUACAAAGGAUCAGACAGAAGAAUUGACUCAAAUGAAAAUCCAUCCGUGGAGAGUUUUGACUUUGAAGACCUCUCUGAUGACAAGUCGAAUAAUAAGUCCGAUGAAAAAUCGAUUGACAGAUCAAUUGACACUUCCAAUGACAGAUCCAACUAUCGAACAAAUAAUAGACCUAGUGAUCGAUCAAGUGUAAGAUCCAAUGAUAGAUCGAACAACCGAUCAAACAGUAGACCAAAUACUAGAACCAACAACCGUUCUAACAAUCGAUCGAAUGAAAAACUUAAGAUACCAAAAGAUGAACUCUUGACCAAUCCUCCACUAGAAGACAAUCAUAACCAAAAUAAUGAACAGGAACUACAGAUAACCGCUGAAUCGUCUUCGUUUGUCAAAAAUCCAAGAAUUAAUAGCUACACAAGUGGCGACAAAACCUUGAAUAAAGAAAGUGAAUUCGAUGCUGUAAGACCUUCGGAAAGAGUCAAAGAAGUCCAGACCUCAAAGGUUGCCAGUCCUGCUAGGGGUAGUCAAAAGCAUGGCUAUAACGACAACGAUAAAAUUGCCAAUUUCUAUAUAACAUCGAAACCCGAUCUUAACUUAGCAUCAACACCUGGGAAGGUGAGCUAUUAUACCACAGCAUUUCCUGAGCACUAUACAAAUAGAAACUCAUUAGAUGGAUCAUCGGUGGAUGAAAAGCAAUUCGUGACACCAGAAAGUGAAGAUCAUCCUGCUUUGGAAGCGCACAGUACUAUCAGACCAGACUUUUUUGCCAAUGGGCCGAUUAUCAAUAGAGUCACAACUCCUUCUCAAUACCAUGGCACAUACUCUACUGCUCGACGAUUAGACACUACCCGUACUACACCUUUCUACACACCCACUGUUCCAUCAAUAGUUAGAACCAGACCAACCGAAUCGAAGACUAUCUUUGUGAACGUAGUAAAAACAGAUGAGCCUACUACACUCAGAGGUGCAAUAACAACUGAAAAUAUAACGCCAAAGCCUCUUACAACUACCGAAAGGGAAGAAAACUCUGACAUCCACCGAUUUUCAAUAUUUUCCAAUAAAGAUCUUAACGUUCAACUGCCUAUUUAUUCAGAAGGUUCUUCAAAACCAGAGAAUUCAUUAGGAUCUUCGACUUCAGGGCCAACAUAUCUCCCCAAAUUCACAAAAAGCAAGAAAGAAAACCUUGUAACACCAGCAAGUAUCAACAGUUUCGUGUCGAGAAAUAUAGAAGGAAUUAUUCAGACCGUUGGAGUUCUUAAGGAAACUAUGAAAAAUAAAGCCAAGGAAGAUAAAAAUUCAAGCACACGUGUGGGCUUAGAAAUUCCACCCUCGUCAGGACCUGGAACAUUAAUAUCUCUUACUAAUUAUUUCGCAAACGAUGACCAGCUUGUGUCUACAACUAGCUCUGGUGAAGAAACAACUACUAUACCUACUUCUACAGCAGUACCAUCAUUUAAUAUUUCAGCUGGUCUUCUGAGCAACAAAACAUCGGGAAAGUACUUUAGUUUGUUUGGCUUAGGUGAAGAUAAAAGUGAUGCGGUGGAUGAUUAUUCAGUAGGAGCCUCUACGGAUGCACCACAAAUUGUGAAUGCCCCAACAGUGGUUGGAGACUUUACCCGUACAACAAUCAGAGACCUGGCCCAAGAUCCAGAAACAAGAAAAAUUGCUCAAGUCUUCUCAAAUGCUAUAUCUAAAUAUAUUGAAAAUCCAGAAACAUUUAGAAAAGAUCUUAUUGGCGUAAGGCCUCAACCUCCUUCUAAUAAUGCUAUUGACUCUACAACUCCAAGCAGUAAUAGAGUAAGUACAGUUUCAAAUAAUAACAUAUCAGGCACCACUGCCAGUAACAGCUUAAACAAAAACACAUCAAAAACAUCAAUAACCGAUAAAGACGAUUCAACUACAAGCGCUACAACUGAAUCUAACGAUAUCGCCAAAGAAAUCAAUAAUGAAUUUGAUGUGUCAACUCCUGCAUAUGGAGCGAUCUUACCAGAGUUCGGCGAAACAACUACUUAUCGAAUUGGCAGCUUUUCGACCUCUAGCCCGCAAACAAAUAUUGAAACAGGAAUUUCAUCAGAGCUGCUACCUCCAAAUCUUGAUGACGAGAACGAACACGAGUCCCUGCACAAAGUGCAGAGUCAAUCCUUUAUCAAGUCAUACAAUGAUUUAGCGAAAUCUUCAAAAUCAAAUCCAUUCGACGCUGGUGGUAAAAACAAAAGUAGUUUUGACAGUUCAGUGGAAAAAGAACAAACGGAGAAGCAAGCUCGAACCGAAGACCCUUGGACACAUUCAGCUAUCACUCAAACUGACAACGCGACCGAUAAAACGCCAACAACCAUCGUUAUCAACCAACGAGAAAGUGCUGAAACUACAGAGAGCCCUUGGUCACAGCCAAAAAAAUCAACAACCAAUUUUGAGACUUCAACUCAGAAAUCACAGGGACACAAUCCGUGGAUUAAAGAAAAAGAAAAUACACUUAAGACUACCACAGGCACAGCAUUAACUACAACUGAUAAGGCACUGAUUUCAAAGGAUAAACCAAUCGAAAAUACCAUAAAUUUGGCAAACCCCUGGUUACAAAACCAACUUCCUACAGUAAAACCAACGGAAAACCCUUGGUCGCAGAUUACUCAAUCAAUUUACCUUGACCCCUUGACAAUCAAUGACGGCCUUAUGAGGGAGCCAAAAACAACAACCUCACGACCAGUUGUUGAUGUUAAUACAGACCGCAGUAGAUUUGAAGAUGUUUCACAGGGUGAAGAAGGUAUUGAAGAUAUUCUUAACAGCCCUGAGCUAUCGUCCGAACUCUUACCGAAAAAUAACGGCCUUCAAAGAAUAGCAAAUAAGCUCUUUGGUGGUCUUAACGAAACUGAAGCAGUGCACCUGCAAAAUGUCAUGAAGAAAGCCGAACACAAUCAAAAUGUCCUAAGAUUGUUGCUGCUUUUGAUUCAAACUUGUGAUGACCAAAACGGCAAGGCUUUGGAAAAAUCACGAAAAAUUCUUCUCAACGCUCUAAUCGGUAUGGAUGAAAAGCUUAAAAUUAAAAAUAUCUCACAUGUGUCAGCAACAACAACAACGAAUAAAAUCCCAGUGACCACAUAUCAUCGAGUCUUCAGUGACAAAGUAACAUCAACUACAACCAGUGCAACUACAACACAACUAUCAAACGAAAGUGAAGAAACUACGAAAUUUGAAAUCCAUGUUCCAGAUGAAGAAGACAAUACCAUUAGUACUUCAACUUUAAAACCAGUGUCAUUAGAUAGGCAAUCGAAAAGUUAUAAUAAUCCUAACAAAACCUCUGAUGAGAGGGCCUUAGAACUUCUUAAAUCACUGUAUUCCUUAGCCUCGAAAUUUAGCAGGCGAUGAUUUAUCACGCCCAAUAAAGAAAUUAUCAGCCAACAUUGUCAUACCUAAGUAAUAAAAAAAGAAUGGCUUAGAACUAAAAUGUUUAUGAAGUAUAUUAAGAGCUAAUUUUUGUUUAUAGAAAAAAAAUAAGUUAUUUAGUUAAUUUAUUUUGAGAUACGAAAUUUUCUGAAAAUUAACGUUUUGAUAACUAACUUGUAUUAUAGAACGAUGAAAAGGAAAUUGAAACAUUCAGCUAGAUAUGUAAUAAAACACUCUUAAUCUGCUUACAAAACGACACAAUUCAAGAAUUACAAUUUAAAACUUGAAACUUAAAACUUGUACAUAAUUGUUUCUUCUUUGUAAAACAAAAAUUAAUUGUUAUUAAUGAAGCUACAAACUACAUGAAAAUGAAACAUAAUACUCCUAAAAUGCCUUGCAUUUUUUCUUACUCUAUUAUGAACUUAGCUGAUUUAGUUUUUAAAAAUUCUGAAAUAUUGUAAAUAUUAUUAAAAUUUAAAUAAAUGUUUUUUUUUUGUAUUAUUUUUACUAUA